AGUAGAAAUCAAGUUCCGGGAGCCCACUGCAGCCGCCGAGCUCGGGAACCCCAGACUGAAAGGAAGUUUCCCAGUGGGCGAAGGAAAGAAGGAAAGAGGCCAGCCAUGUCCAACCUAACGUACAAUAAAAUGUGGCACCAGACCCAAGAAGCCUUCAGUUCUUUGCUCGACAAAGACUCUCAGAUGAUGACGGAAGCACAGAAGGACAAGGCUUUCGUCUUCCAGAUGUUGGCCACCUUCUACAUAAAGUAUGUGCAGAUCUUCAGAAACAUGGAGAACGUCUAUGACCAGAUGGUCCAUCCACAGAAACGCAUGCUGAUCCGCAAGAUCCUGGACGGAGUGAUGGGUCGCAUUCUGGAACUGAAGAAUGAGAUGGUUGAAUUGGAAUUAACUGAGUUCCAUUACUUUGAUGAUAUUUUACAGGACCUGAAGUUGGCUCCCCAACAGUUAGAUGUCCCCAUACCCAAGUAUUUUUUGAAGGAAAGGUUGGAAGUCAUAAAAGGAAGAGAGAAGAUCCUCGCUCAGAUCUUAACUGAAUGUGGACUAAACGUUCCUAAUAAACACGCCGCAAAGAUGAUAGCGUUGGAAGAGGCUGUUAAGCUCAUCCAGAUGGCCGAGCGGGCCCGACAAGGCCGCCUCAGGGCGAUGUUCAUGAAGCAGAUCUUCCUUCAGGAGUGCAGAGCAAAACAAAUGAAAGUGCUGGGCCAGAAGCCGGUAGACACAAGUUCUGCGGCCCUCCAAAUCCAGAAGGUUUGGCGAGGUUUCCACCAAUGCAAGAAAACGGCACGAGAGAGAGAGGAGGAGAUGGUGUUCCUGGGUAUGAAGCCACCCCCUUUCUUCAAUGAAGUCAGCACUGCAAUCAUCCAGGCCGAGCACGUGACACGCCUGCGGCAUGCGGUACAACUGAAACAUGAACAGAGCUACAAGGAGGCCUUGCUGAGCGUGAAGGAGCACCUGAGGGCACUGGAAGGCCCAGACAUCAAAGAGCGCCUUCAAGACCAGAUCCGGCGCUGGUUCAUCGAGUGCAGGAAUCUGACUGGCACAUUUCCUGACUAUCCCGACGAAGAAGAAGGAGGCUCAGCCAUGAUCUUCUCCAACAAGACCCCAGAACAGGUAAUUGAGGACAUCCUUACCAGCCAAGAGGAGGGAGAAAAAGACAAAAAGAAGAAAGAGGGAAAGGAGAGUAAACCCAAGAAGACCAAAAAAGAAAGAAAGAAAGAAAGAAAGAAAGAAAGAAAGAAAGAAAGAAAGAAAGAGAAAAAGGAAGAAGAGGAGGAGUGGAAAAUGUCACCGAGUCUUUUCCUUCACUUGAUGGAGGAAGGAAAUAACUUAUACAAAGACAUGUGGAUGAAUAAAGAUGAAUCUUGGAAUUUCCCUCAAGACUAUGACCCAGAAAUAAUCAAGGAAGAGAAACGGAAAGAAUUAGAGCGGGAGAUAAGGGUUCAGGUUGAUGAGUUGAUGCGACAGGAACUAAAAAACCUAAAACUAGCCAUAAACGGAGAAAUGGAGCUUCCGCCUAAGGGAGGAAAGAGAGGGAAGAAGAAAAACAAAGGAAAAGAAGGCAAAAAGGGGAGAAGGGGGAAGAGAGACAAAGACCUGACGCCUGACAGGACCAUCGAGUCCCUGUACAGAGAGCUGGUGAAAGAAGGGCUGCUGAUCCCAGCUCUGAAGGUCAACCUCUCUGAUUAUGUUGGUGAGUACAGCCACCUGGGGACGAGCCUGCGCCAGGUAGCCAUAGAGCCCAUGCCCUCCCUCCUGGAUGUCAGACAGCUCAUCACACUAUACGGAAUCUUGCCAUUAGGGUCCCCAGAGGUGCAUGAGAAAGCUCCCCUGGUGAAGUCGCUGCUGUUGGCCGGGCCGAGGGGGGUGGGGAAGAAAAUGCUGGUCCACGCCAUCUGCACAGAAACGGGGGCCAACCUCUUCAACCUGUCUUCAGAGAACAUCGCAGGGAAGUACCCUGGUAAAAGUGGCCUGCAGAUGAUGCUUCACCUGGUCAUGAAGGUGGCUCGCCAGCUCCAGCCGUCUGUGGUGUGGAUCCAAGACACAGAGAAAACCUUCCUCAGAAAAGUUCCCCAGGCUGAGAAGCUGAAUGAACCAAAACGCCUGAAAAAGUACCUUCCAAAACUCCUGAAACUCCUAAAGCCAGACGAUAGAGUCCUGCUGGUGGGAACCACACAGCGCCCUUUUGAUGCUGAAAUUCAGUCUUUCUGCAGAGUUUACCAGAAAAUUAUUUUGGUUCCCAGACCAGAUUACGCUUCCAGAUACGUCCUCUGGAAACAUAUCAUUCAACGCCAUGGAGGUGUGCUCACAAACUCCUUGAAUGUCAGCUGCCUGUCGAAGGUCACCGAUGGCUUCACGCAAGGUCAGAUUGUCAAAGCGGUCAAAGAUGUGCUCACAGACCACAGAAUCCGGCAGCAGGCUCACAAACCACUCACCGCUGAGGAGUUCAUUGCUAUGAUGACCAACAUGAAUCCAGUGUACAAAGAGGAAGAAGAGAGCUUUAAGAACUGGUAUGCCAAAACCCCUCUGGCCAAAAGGCGACUCUUGGCACUAACAGUUGGUGGAAGCAAAGAGAAGGACAAGAAAGGGGAGAAGAAGAAGUAACUCCUUCCCGAGGAGCCAGCCUGAGUGUCUGGGAUGAGGGCCCCAGGUCCUCGGGGAGAGGCUCACCCCUGCCCACCCAAAGAAGACUGAGGAGAAGAAGCUCGGGCGCCAGCAGCCACACAUAGAGCUGCAUGUUCCCACCGCUGAGCUCACUAACACUUCCGGAGGCUGAACACCAAGCCAGGUGUCCUUUGCAACAUCUACUGCUCAUCACUGGUCCUUGACCCGUGUAAAUGUCUAUAAUUUAAAUCUGCUUUUCACAUGCCCCAUACUCUUUCCAAGUUAAACAUUCGUCAGUAUUAGCAUCAAAAUUUAAAUGUGAUAGAGAAGGCUCUUGUGACAAGUACGCUAUAAUUGUAUUGUCAGUACACUAGCUGUUCAUUAAUCU